CACUGCACUGCACCGCACCGCACCGCGCUUUAUGUCUUCUCUGUGAAGGGAGAUUCCGGACGGACGGACGCGUACACGUGCCACGUCUCCACGUUCUCUCUCUCCUCAUCAUUAUCAUUAGCUCGUCCACUCUGUUUGUUUGAGACCAAAUUAAUAAUACUCCAAAUUUAAUUAUAUUUCGUAAAGUAAAAUUAGAAGAUCGAUGAAGGAAUUCGAGAGGCACCAAAGGCGGUGGGGGUCGGACUCCGUUCCCGGUAGCGCUUUGAGCGAAGGAUCCUCGCCGGCGACUGACUCAGCAUCGGUGCAGGAGGAGUUCGUUGAGGUCACUAUCGAUCUCCAAGACGAUGACACCAUCGUGGUCCGCAGUGUCGAGCCGGCAACCUCGGUUGCUAUUGCUGAUUAUGACCUUAGUAUCAUCGGCGGGAGUGAGACUCCGUCUUCGGUAUCGCCGUCGGCGACGAUGCGGCGGAGUUCGUCGAAUCGUCUGUUUCAGUUCUCUCAGGAGUUGACAGCGGAGGCGGUGGCCAAAGCGAAGCACUUCUCUCAGGAGUUGAAAGCGGAGCUGAGGCGGUUCUCGUGGAGUCAUGGCCAUGCUUCUCGUGUCCUCUCUUCCCCCCCUACGGGGCUUCAGAACGGCGUCGUAGGGGCCAGUGGCCGUUUGGAUUUAGCUUUGGCCGCUCGAGCCCUUCGUCGACAGCGAGCUCGCCUGGAUCGGACUCGUUCCGGUGCUCAGAGAGCUCUUCAAGGACUCAGAUUCAUCAGCAGUAGAAAAGCUGAUGGCGCCGAUGCCUGGAACGAAGUCCAGCGUAACUUCGACCGGAUUGCAAAGGACGGCUAUCUCUGUCGUGCCGACUUCCCGCAAUGCAUAGGAAUGAGAGAUUCGAACGAAUUUGCACUUGAAUUGUUCGACGCCCUAUCCAGGAAACGAAGAUUGAAGGUUGACAAGAUCGGCAAAGACGAACUUUACGAGUACUGGACUCAGAUCGCCGAUCAGAGCUUCGAUUCUCGACUCCAGAUCUUCUUCGACAUGGUGGACAAGAAUGAGGAUGGCAGGAUCACUGAAGAGGAAGUUAAAGAGAUCAUAAUGCUGAGCGCUUCCGCAAAUAAGUUGUCAAGAUUGAAGGAACAGGCGGAGGAAUAUGCAGCUCUAAUUAUGGAAGAGUUAGAUCCUGAAAGGCUUGGCUACAUUGAGCUGUGGCAGCUGGAGACACUCCUGCUACAGAAGGAUACGCAUCUGAACUACAGUCAAGCACUAAGCUACACAAGCCAGGCUUUGAGCCAGAACCUACAUGGGCUUAGAAUGAGAAGCCCACUAAAAAGGAUGAGCACAAAGCUACUUUACUUCCUGCAAGAGAACUGGAGGAGAAUUUGGGUUAUCUGCUUGUGGAUCCUGAUAAUGGCUGGGCUGUUCUUGUGGAAGUUCUUCCAGUACAAACAAAAGGAUGCGUUCAAGGUCAUGGGUUACUGCCUCCUCACUGCUAAAGGCGCAGGCGAAACUCUGAAAUUCAACAUGGCUCUCGUCUUACUGCCUGUGUGCAGGAACACCAUUACUUGGCUGAGGUCCACCAAGUUGGGGUAUUUUACGCCACUUGAUGACAACAUCAACUUUCAUAAGACCAUUGCUGCGGCCAUAGUAAUCGGUGUCAUAGUACAUGCUGGGACGCACUUGACUUGUGAUUUCCCAAGGUUGAUCCACGAAUCUGACGAAACAUACAAGCUAUACUUCACCAACACUUUCGGCCACGAGAAGCCCAAGUAUGUGGACCUGCUUCGAGGGGUUGAAGGUGUGACAGGAAUUCUAAUGGUGAUCUGCAUGACCAUUGCCUUUACGCUUGCAACCCGGUGGUUCAGGCGUAGCCUUAUAAAGUUGCCCAAGCCCUUUGACAGAUUGACAGGAUACAAUGCCUUUUGGUAUUCACACCAUCUUUUUGUCCUUGUCUACAUCUUGCUCAUCGUCCACGGAUUGCAUCUGUAUCUUGUGCACAAAUGGUACCUCAAGACGACAUGGAUGUUUCUUGCUGUUCCUAUUCUCAUAUAUGCAGGAGAAAGAACGCUGAGAUUCUUUCGAUCUGGGUUCUACACUGUCCAUCUUUUGAAGGUUGCUAUAUAUCCGGGAAAUGUUAUCGCAUUGCAAAUGUCUAAGCCUACCCAGUUUCAGUACAAGAGCGGGCAGUACUUGUUUGUCCAGUGCCCUUCUGUUUCUCCAUUUGAGUGGCAUCCAUUUUCAAUAACUUCAGCUCCUGGUGACGACUAUCUUAGCAUUCACAUCCGGCAGCUAGGUGACUGGACACAACAGCUUAAGACGGUAUUUUCUGAGGCCUGUGAACCUCCAGUUUCUGGGAAGAGUGGGUUGGUCAGAGCUGAUGAGACAAAGAAAAGGAGUUUUCCAAAGCUCUUGAUAGACGGGCCUUAUGGAGCUCCAGCACAAGAUUACCGAAAAUAUGAUGUCCUACUACUUGUUGGACUUGGGAUUGGAGCAACACCUUUUAUCAGCAUAUUGAAAGAUUUGCUCAACAACAUUGUUAAAAUGGAGGAACAGGCAGAAUCAGUUUCAGACUUCAGCAGGAGCUCGGAUCAGAGUGGUGGAGCUACUGAUUCCCCCUCUCAGUGUAAAGUUUACCCGAAACGAAAGAGAACUCUGAAGACAACAAAUGCCUACUUCUACUGGGUGACUCGGGAGCAAGGAUCAUUUGAUUGGUUCAAAGGGGUCAUGAAUGAAGUUGCCGAACUCGAUCAGAGGGGUGUCAUUGAGAUGCACAAUUACCUAACCAGCGUUUAUGAAGAAGGAGAUGCCAGGUCUGCCCUCAUCACCAUGGUGCAAGCACUAAACCAUGCAAAGAAUGGGGUUGAUAUUGUUUCGGGCACCAAGGUGAGAACCCAUUUUGCAAGGCCUAAUUGGAAAAAGGUCUUCUCGAAAGUAUGCACAAAGCAUGGGGAUGCAAAGAUAGGAGUUUUCUACUGCGGAGCUCCAGUGUUGGCCGAAGAACUGAGCAAGCUCUGUUGUGAAUACAAUCAAAAAGGGUCCACCAAGUUCGAAUUUCACAAGGAGCACUUCUGAAAAAAACUGUCUAGAGGUGCAUUUCUGUAUCUACCAGUAGUAUUGUGCGUUCACUCCAAUCCACACACAGCCACAGGCGACCCAAUCCAAACGCCCUGGUUUAAACAGAGAUUUAAACCCUAGGAUUAUUAUUAUUAGAAAAUAGGAAAAGAAAGCGGGUGCAUGUGCAGCAGCAGGAGCAGGAGCAGGAGAACGAACUGUAUAUACAGACAGUCCGUCCGGUUUUGAGAAGAGAAUUGGUAUGUAUCACUUAUUUUUUGUUUUCUCUUGUAAUAAUAAUAUAUUAAUAAUAUCAUGCUUGGUUUCGGGUCAUUUUUACUUAGA